AGUCCAUUGUGUGUUUUGGUUGCCAAGUUUUUUACAAUAUUCUCUUUACAAUAUUAUAUCAAUUGUGCAUCGCUCUUUACAUUUUCAUAAUAUAAAAUUGUGAAUAUAUUCUUUUUCUCUCUCAUAAAUUAGAAAAACUGUCAUGGGUUGCGAUGGUGGUACUAUUCCUCGCAGAGACGAGCUCGUUAGAGUAAAAAGAAAACCUGAACAGAAAGACAAACAAGCCGAGUUGGCUUUCAAAUGGAAGCAUUGCACAAUACGACAAUUGCCGUUACAAUUACCAAUUGUGGGUUGCAGUUUGGGUCGCUUAUACAGCAAGGAAUCUGUGUUAGAAGGUCUUUUAGAUCGCAAUACACUUCCAGAAUCUGCCACACAUAUUAAAAAUUUAAAAGAUGUAAGAAAUCUUAAUUUGACACCAAAUCCAGCAUUUGAGGGUAACAAAGCUGAAAAAGGAGAUGGUUAUACAGAUGGAGGUAAAAGUCCAUACAUUUGUCCAGUCAUUGGUUUGGAGAUGAAUGGGAAAUACAAAUUCUGUUUCUUAUGGUCAUGUGGUUGUGUGAUGAGUGAACGUGCCCUGAAAGAAAUAAAAAGUAUGUCAUGUCACAAAUGUCAACAACCAUUUGAAGAAACGGAUAUAGUCAUAUUAAAUGCAGAAGAUGAUGAUUUGGAACACAUGAAGGAACGUGCAAUGAUUAGGAAAGUUAACCAAAAGAAAAAAAGAAAGUUAGGCAAUGAUGAAUCGAUAGAAGAGAAAAAAUUGGAUGAAACAUUAAAGAAAAAGAUAAAGAAAGAAGACAAAGUAAUACCUAAACUCAGUAAUGAUCAAACUGAAGCUAAUGAUCCUGCUUAUAGAAAAGCUAAAAGUGAUUAUAGCAUUGCAAAAGAUCCUAAAGCAUCAGAAGUUUUCAAAAGUAUCUUUACUUCUCACAAAUCUGCUGCAGAUCAAGAUAGAGCACAUUGGGUUACUUAUAAUCCAUUUUAUAACUAAUUAUGUAUACGAGUUCAAAAUUAUUUUAUUCAAAAUACUAAAAAAUAAUUAU